AUGCCGACGUGGGAUUGUGCCGGUUGCCAUGAGCGCACAAUCCCCAACCUCGUUUGCAUGGACUGCAAAGUGGCCUUCUACUGCUCAGCAAAAUGCAGAGAAGAGGACGUGUCCCACAAAGCAGUGUGCUACCCGUCCGUCCCGUUCGAGGCCUCGGCCUCGAUCACCUCCCGGCUUUACCGCUCGAAGGGAGUCAGCGAGUUUGAAAGGAACCAGCUCCUUUCCUUGGGCGUGGCAGCCGCCGGCAAAGCCUUCGUCGUGUCCAGCCGCGAGGUCAGCAUUGGCCCGCGCAACUUCGUUACAACGCGCCUCCGGCUCGACUCGAGGAAGCGCACGCUGCUGACAUUCCGGCCCGACGCCGACGUUCGAUACCAGGUUACCACUGGAGGAGGGCUUCAGACCGCGUGGAUGGUGCCGAGCGUGAGCAAGAGCAGCCAUCUCUCUCUUUAUCAGGAUAUCGACGUGUUCGUCCUGAUCGCGCCUGGCCAGCGCAUGCUCGCGGAUCUGGAGUCUCGCCGAGCGCUCGCGCAGGGGACAGCGGUGCGGGACUUACAGGUCCCGGAUCGAGACCUGAUCAGUUUGAUUCUUCCACCUGGUCCGACUGGCGCCUUCUUCGAGUACUCGGGUGCGGCGUGGAGAGAUACCUACACCUCCGUGGUCUCAUAA